CUAGAUCAGUACGUCCGGUGACUGCUAUGAGUUCUAAAAAUUGUUUACAGCUGAAAAAAAGAAAAUGAAGCAUCGCUGCUUUCAAGACAUCAACCCACUUCCACCAUGCCGUUGCUGCCCUUCAGCCAUAUUAUUCACCACCCCACCAAGGACAUUAUUGUCUUGUCCUUUGGCGAGCACCUUCAGGUUGUUGACACUAAGAAUGGCGUCAUUUUAGCUAGCACAAUUGAACUGGAAGAGCGCGAGUCGAAUGGCCUGCAGGUUCAGCCACUCACUAACACACCGGAUUCAGCUCAAGAAAACAAGGCUCGAGUACAGGUUCUUGCCUUCAGCCCUGACGGCGCUUUCUUAGCCACUGCAGCUGAUGACAAAGUUAUGAAGAUAUGGGAUACAGAGUCAUGGAAGUGUCUCGGAACCAGGGCUCUCAUUCGUCGCUCCAACGCUCUUGAGUUCAGCAAGGAUGGAUCGCAUGUUAUUACUGCAGACAAGUUUGGAGAUGUUUACAACAUGAUCCGCGAUAUCCCCGACGUUGUUGCACCUGUUAAGCCUACGGCAGAAGACACAGAGGAUGUCGAAGACGACGAAGAUGAGGGCGAGCAGCCCAUCCUUGGACACGUAUCUAUGGCCACCGAUCUUGCAUUGACAAAAGACAACAAAUACAUUAUUACCUCAGAUCGCGAUGAGCACAUUCGCGUCAGUCAAUACCCUAAGGGUCACAACAUCGAGACCUACUGCUUAGGACAUACCAGCUUUGUGACUAACGUCAAAGUGCUACCUGGAGCAUCCCAAAAGUAUCUUCUUUCUGGAGCCGGUGAUGCUACGAUCCGUGUGUGGGAGUUCUUAAAGGGCACAGAGGUCCAGACGUUCAACAUCCGUGAUGCUCUCGGUAUGCCGCCAGCAGAAGUGGACGCUGAGGAGGAUCUGGCCGUUUUUUCUUUCGCAAUCAGCGAGAACAAGAAUCACAUUGCCGCUGUUAUUGAGAAAGAGUCGAGGGUAUUGAUUCUUCAGUGGAACGAGGAUGCCGCGAAGGUUGAACUAUUCAAGAUUAUCGAGCUUGAAGGAAAGCCCUUGGCUGCAGAAUACGAUCGGUCAGGAAACUUGUGGACAUCGAUUAUGCCUGAAGAAGGCAAGACGAACCUUGUCUAUGUGUACGAUAACGAAUACCUGGUGCAGGAGGAUCUCGCAAAGUAUGUUAACACGCUCGGAUCAAAGACUGUUGAGGCCAUCCCCGAUCUUUUCAACACUGAGGAGUUGAGGAAGCACACGACGGAUUGGCGCGAAUUGAAGAAGGCGCGUGAGGAAAAGGAGGCGGCUCGCUUGGCCGGGGAUCCUGAUGCGCCAUUGUCGAAGAAGAGAAGAAAGAACAAGAACUCACGAAAGAUCCCUGAAUCUGAGUUAUCAAAGGCAGCAUCCUCACUUUCGGAGCAAGUAUAGAGACAAAGAAGUCACUUUUUUUCGGAAGGAGCUAUAGAGAUAUUAUGAAGCGAACAAUACAAUGCAUAUUGAAUUUUUUUAAA